AUGUCGCAUAUCAAUGCAAGUGGCACUAGCGGGGCGAGUAGUGGUGCCAACCCUUCUAACCAUGGAGAUAGUCGGGGACACCCAGGGGAGUGUUCCUAUAAGGAGUUUACGAACGCCAAACCCAAGUCCUUCGAUGACACUGGAGGUGUUAUUGCAUUAACACGUUGGUUCGAGAAGACCGAAUCAAUAUUCAAAAUCUAUGCGUGCCCCGAAUCUAGCAAAGUGAAAUUUGCAGCAUGCACUUUCACAGACAGAGCCCUCACUUGGUGGAAUAACCAAGUCAAGUCAUUGACUCUCCCAAUUGCCAAUUCUAUGAGUUGGAAUGAUUUGAAGGAACUAAUGCAAGCAGAGUACUACCCAGGGGGCAAGAUGCAAAAACUAGAGCAGGAGCUCUGGAAUAUGAAGAUGAAGGAUUCUGAUAUCACUGCUUACACUGCCAGAUUCAGUGACCUGGCUCUUUUGUGUCCCGGGAUGGUCACCCCGGAGAGUAAGAAAGUGGAGAGUGCCAAACGUCUGGCUCAAACACUAGUGGAUCAUGGAGGUCAUCAAGACUCCACAACAACUAUUACUGGGCAGCCCAAAGAGAGUGGCAGUAAAAAGAAGUUCUGGAACAAAAGAAAGGGCCAAUCUUCGCAAGAGCCCUCAACGAAAGAACAAAUAGUAGUAGUACACGCUGCUAUCAUUCCUGCUGUUGUUCCUAAUGCUCCAACACCUCCCAGUCGUUACGUUGGUUACCUACCGAAGUGCGACAAAUGCAAUUUCCAUUAUCACAGACCUUGCCGUGAGAUGCAGUGUAACAAUUGCAACAAGAAGGGCACACAACCCGUUUGUAAGACGCUAAAACAACCAACCAACCAGACCCCUGGAGCUGGAGUAGGCCAAGCUUGCUAUGGGUGUAGUGAAACCGGGCACUACAAGAGGGAUUGCCUGAAAGCAAGGAACGGUGGAAAUACAGGAAGAGUACUAACAAUGGGCCAGGAGGAGGCAGUAGUGGAUCCCACCGUAGUUACGGGUACGCUCCUUCUCGAUAACUCUUAUGCAUGCAUAAUAUUUGAGAGUGGUGUGGAGAGGAAUUUCAUCAGCCAUAAAUUCAAACACCUUCUCAAACAAAAACCACAACCUCUAAAUGAAACCUUCACUGUCGAGAUGGAUAACGGGAAUAAAGAUAGCACUAAUAACAUAUUCCUAGGCUGUACCCUCACUCUAAAUGACUAUUCUAUCCCAAUCAACCUGAUGUCAGUCUCCAUAAAAAGCUUCAAUUUUAUCAUCAGCAUGGAUUGGUUAAAGCUACACCGUGCUGAUAUCCUUUGUUACAAAAAAGGCGUUUGUCUUAAUUUGCCAACUGGCGAAACCCUCGUUAUCUAUGGCGACAAACCCAGUACGAACCUUAGCAUCAUCUCUUGCAUCAAAGCCCAAAAAUAA